GACUCCAUCUGGUUGCCCGUGGGCUCGGAGGCUCUGGAAAUGCCUGGAGUCUAGGUCGGGAGCAAACGCCGAAACGACAGUGACCCAGUUAUUUGGGAUGACUCGGUACGUCAACUUGGAAGACCCGGUCGGCGCAGGAAUGGAAAAGACCGAUAGGUAGAACCAAACUUUCAAUGUUGAGAUGAGGAUAUCUUCAUUUCAAUCGUCGAGGUAUUCUUAUCACCUGUAUGAAGGAAAAUCUGACCAUUGGUCAAUCGCAAAUUAUACCGUUUAUCGAUCCGCGCUGAUCCAUCUUUGUCUAAAUUGGGAAUUCAUUAAGUCUGAGUAAAUUGUGAACUGAAUCGAACAGAGGAGUCCUUUGGUCGAAAAGUUAGAGAAGGAUGACGCGUUUGCCGGUAGGAUGCGAGCGAAGAGAAAGAUCGCGAACUCAUGCGAAAAGGUGCAGUGGUUCGAAUUCGAAAACCUGGGGUCUUUGACGCAGCGUAUCGUUUGCAGAAUUUAGAAUUCGAUGCAAGUUGUAGCUUGCAAGUCUGACACGGACUCUGCGGGGAGAAAGAUAAGACGUGUUGCGACGAGAUAAAGAGAACCUCCUACCCCUAAGAUCGUCGCGUACUCUUUCCUGCACGGACUAGCUCCGUACGCUUUGAUAUAAAUUCACUUCGCAAGCUUCCUAGCCGCCACAUUACACAAGUCUCACUCGUCGCUCCUGAUUGUCACAUGAACACAGAGGCAUCGUUCGCACGGCUCUUAUUGUGGUGAUUUAUGGCAUCGAAUCAGUCCGAGCCGCUAUUUCGUAACGCGAAAAUUCCUGUCGAAAUGAUAACCACCGAAAUCAUGGAUAAUGUGGAAAAGGUCGAGUCAUCGAACAAGAGCGUGCAGGAGUCAGGGAAAUAUCGACAAAUUGCCGCUGCCUUCAUAAUGAACAUUGGGGGUUUCAUAUACGGGAUGGUCAUCGGGUGGACAUCGCCGAUGAUUCCACAGUUGCAGAGUGAAAAUUCCCCCAUUGGUGGCUCGCCGAUAUCGGACGAGGUGGCCUCUUGGCUCGGGGGUUUUGUGUGCGUAGGAGCUCUGGUCGGAACUCCGUUUUUCGGGACAGCGUCAGAAAAAUUCGGACGAAAAGUAUCGGGGUGUUUGGUGGCCGUUCCUUUGGGGAUCUGCUGGUUGAUCAAAGUAUUUGCUACGGAUCAGAACUACCUGUUCGCCGCACGUUGUUUCGGCGGAUUCGGAGGUGCCGGUGUUGUACUUGUGGUCCCCCUCUACGUCGCGGAAAUGUCCAGCAUCAAAAUUCGGGGCACGUUGGGCAGCUUCCUGGUCUUCUUCAUAAACAUCGGCGUCGUAGUUGGAUACAUUUUGGGUGCCUUGGUAUCCUUCAGGGUAUUCGCGAUCUGCGCAUCUGUUUUACCGAUGAUUUAUCUCAGCGGUGUUAUUUUCUUGCCGGAAACGCCGAUCUACCUGGUGCGCAAGGAACGAAUGGCGGACGCUCGAAGAUCGCUUCUCUGGCUGCGGGGUGGUAACAGAGAAGUAGCGGACAGAGAACUGAUCUUCUUAAACACCCUAGCUAAAGAGUCGAUCGCAUCGCAACAGAAAGUUGGCUUCAGGGAUCUCUUCAAAAACCGAGCUGCCGUCAAAGGCCUAGCCAUAGCCCUCUUUCUUUUUAGCGGCCAACAAUUCUGUGGAAUAUUCGCCAUGAUAAGCUAUUCCUCAACGAUAUUCGAGGCUUCUGGCAGUACGUUGGCUCCCAAUACGGCGGCAAUAAUUAUCGGAGUGAUCCAAGUGUUUGCUUCGUACUUGUCAUUGGUGUUGAUGGACAGAGCCGGAAGAAGAUUGUUAGUCCUGAUUUCGUGUGCGGGGAUGGGUGUGUGCCACUUCGCGAUCGGUUCCUUUUCCUACUUUCAAAUUCGGGAAUACGAAGUGUCUUCUUUCGCUUGGAUCCCAUUGGUCGCUUUUUCCAUAUAUGUGGUAAUGUACGCUCUUGGGAUGGGCCCGGCACCGUACAUCGUCGCAACGGAAAUCUUCAGCCCUGAAAUAUCUGGACUCGCCAACUCCGUGUCGCUGAUGCUCCUCUGGGCCUCGGCAUUCGUGGUCCUGAAAUUUUUCUCCAAUGUCGUUGCCCUCAUAGGCAUGGAUGGGUGCUUCUUUUUAUUUGCUGCAUUUUGCGCCUGCACUUUCAUUCUCUCCUGGUUCAUGCUACCGGAAACGAAGGAGCGAUCCAUCGACUCUAUUCUCGAGGAACUCGACGGAAAGUCCUUGCGCAAGUUUAGCAAGUCCGCGAAACAAAUUAUUACUUCGGAAAUAGGAUUUGACGCUGGGCGAAAUAGUUCUAAAUUACCCGAACCAGUCCAAGUCUAGUCGCGUACAAAUCAUCCGAGUUUUAUUCGUUGUUAGUGUUCGAUACUUGUGUCGAGGGGCGACGACCAGAACGUGAAUGCCGCUGAUUUUGAAUUAGUUAAAAUUCGAAUGUGAUUUUUCGUUGGUUGUAAGCACCGAAAUCGCGUUUGCUUCGCGAAAACAUAUCUUCAAAGUGUGCAUUUCGACGUACAAAAAUAGCUAGUAUUUAUGUGAAUUUAUAAAUCAAGAACGAAUUCCGGUCUCUCAGCACGAACCAAGUUCGUGAAUUCGACGGCUCGGGUUGCCGAAUCUAUAAUUCCAAAAAAACACUAGUCGAUCAAUUCCCCGAUAUUUCCAGACGAUCGCACGUCUAAACCUCGUUCAAAUUACCGAUGUACUGUCAUAAGUUGUCCCCUUGGUUGAUUCUUACCUUCAAAACGGAGCGACGGUUUGGCGCCGUACCCAGAAUUCAGUGGGCCACGCUCAGUGGAUGAUGAGGAAAGUCAGUGGAUUGGGGGACUGCGUUCCACUUCGAUAUUCCGCGUCUUAGGUGUGCGAAACACGAACUGCGAGUUUUUUUACAGAUCGACCCGUGAUCCGAGAUGAUUAAAAAUUUUCUCUCUUAAUGAUCCGAAUAAUCUAACUAAUCAAUAUUGAGAUAGAAAACGGUAGAAAUAUAAAUACCAUAGCAUUGCCACAAUCGAGAUGCGAGGCGCCACUGCAGGCGCGAUGUGACGUCACGCGUGAACCAAUUAUAAAAAACCGGCGAUGCGCCAUUGUCAGGAACUAGGUAGCGGGAAACUCGAAUUGACCGGAACUCCACUUUUACGACGAGUCGAGUUCGGUAUCAACGUGUAUCGAUGAAUCGGUGAGACUGUUGGUAUUUGAGUAGCUAGGUCUCUCGCAGAACGAGAAUAAUUGUAAAUAAAUGACUGCAACAUAUCUUUAGUUUGUAAGAAAUUAGUAUACAAAUUGUGAAUAUUGUUAACGUAUGCGAAUACGUCACAAAAAUUCCAUCAUUAAGCUUUCAAUUGGAAUCUAUUUAUACCAAAAAAUAUUUAUUUCUAUCUGAUAAUUGUUAGUUGUCCAAUAAAAUAUAUUUUAUUCUGUA